UAUUGUGUCAACGUUACCAUCGGCACCCCCGGGCAGCCUCAGACAAUCUUCUUGGAUACUGGAAGCAGUGACACAAUCUUCCUUGCCUCAAAUGCAUCAAUAUGCGAAAAACAUGGCUGCGACGGCGGCACUUUCGAUUCGUCCAAGUCAACGACAUCCAAGAUGACAGAAUCUGGAGCUCUCGAUAUACGCUACUUUGAUGACACCCGGAUGAUGGGCGACUUGAUUACGGAUGUAGUUCACCUGGAUGACCGCGUGAUAACAAACGUCCCAAUAGGACUUGCUAAGGAAGGAAGAUUGCGCUUUGCCCCUUACACAGGAGUUCUGGGUCUCGGUUACUCAAGUCGGAUGGCUUAUCUAAGGCACCGCAAUGGAGUAAAGGCCUUCCCGGGCUUCGUUGAUACGCUCGUCCAAGCUGGUGCUAUCCCUUCGCGUCUCUAUAGCAUCUACCUCAAUACACUGGAUCUCUACGGCUCAAUACUGUUUGGCGGCAUCGAUACAGACAAGUACAAGGGUCCGCUAACCACGCUCAACUUAUUCAGUAUAGACCAACCCGAUCGCGUAGAUGAGUUCUACUUGAGAAUGGAAAAGGUCAACAUGCAGCCUAGUAAUGGACCUAAUCAGACCAUCUUUCAAGCUACGGAAAACGUAAACUGGUACACUAUAUUGGACACAGGUACCCCGGGCUGGGUACUCCCAACUAGCACAUUCCAUAAGCUCAUCGGAUACGCGGGAGUAUUGCCAGAAGCUGGCUAUUAUAGUCAAAGUGGAAUACCCGACAACAGUUUCGUCAAGCCGUGCAGUGAAGUGACUCGUGGGGUUGAAAACACCACUCGUUUCGAGCUCACGUUCGCUGGGAGUGGGACUAACACCGCCACACUGCAACUCGAAUUAGCAGACUUGUUCACUCCACUCUUGGAUAGAAACGGGAGGGCUGUGACCAACAGAUUCGGUCAACAGAUGUGCUGGCUGCGAGUCAGCGACGCUCAGUCCGAGUCGGUAGCUUCGUGGACGAGUGGCAAUGUCAUGAGAGCCGGUUACUGGGUAUUUGAUCUGGAUAAUGGCCAGGUGUCGGUGGCACAAGCCAAUCUUCGAGCAAAUUCGUCAAACGUUGUCCAGGUUGAAGCUGGUACAGAAGGGCUGAGAAAGGCUGCGAACAAUCUCAGGGCCGAGACCCAGGAGGUCAAGGUCAAAGGUCAAGUAUCUGCUUCAGUGGUACCCAGACUGUCGACCGUGGCCGGUGCUGCCAGCUACGCUACGAAUGCAGAGUCUCGCCCAAGUGCAACUGGUGUU